UUCCUGCUUUCUUCUUCGAUGGAUAAAACGGUCAGGUUAUGGCACAUUUCCAGAAGAGAAUGCCUUUGCUGUUUUCAACAUAUAGAUUUUGUCACUGCCAUAGCUUUCCAUCCAAGAGAUGACAGGUAUUUUCUAAGUGGGUCAUUGGAUGGAAAGCUCCGUCUUUGGAACAUACCUGACAAAAAAGUCGCUUUGUGGAAUGAAGUAGAUGGUCAAACAAAAUUGAUCACAGCUGCAAAUUUCUGUCAGAAUGGCAAAUACGCCGUGAUUGGGACAUAUGAUGGCAGAUGUAUUUUCUAUGAUACAGAGCAUUUGAAAUACCACACACAAAUACAUGUCCGAUCUACCAGAGGACGCAACAAAGUUGGAAGAAAAAUUACUGGCAUUGAACCUUUACCCGGAGAAAAUAAGAUACUGGUAACCUCAAAUGACUCCAGAAUCAGACUGUAUGAUCUUAGAGAUUUGUCACUGUCCAUGAAGUAUAAGGGUUAUGUCAACAGUAGCAGCCAGAUCAAAGCAAGUUUCAGCCAUGAUUUUAGUUACCUCGUUAGUGGCUCAGAAGAUAAGUAUGUUUAUAUCUGGAGUACUUAUCAUGACCUCAGCAAGUUUACUUCAGUCAGGAGAGAUCGUAAUGAUUUUUGGGAAGGUAUUAAAGCACAUAAUGCAGUUGUUACAUCAGCCAUCUUUGCUCCAAACCCAAGUUUGAUGUUAUCUUUGGAUGUACAAUCUGAAAAAUCAGAAGGGAAUGAAAAAGGUGAAGAUGCUGAAGUUUUGGAUACCAUGCCCUCUGGUAUCAUGAAGACAGAUAAUACAGAAGUUCUUCUUUCUGCUGACUUCACUGGAGCAAUCAAAGUGUUUAUUAACAAAAGGAAAAAUGUAUCUUAAUUUGAAAUGACAUUUAAAAUAAAAAUAUCAGUAAGUUUCUAUAUGUAUUAGAACUGAAAAAAGUAUAGUGUUUCAGGCUAACAUCUUUUUUUUUUUUUUAAUUUUUACUGGAAGUUGUUCAAAUAUAAUAUAUUUUUUGAGUGGCAGUGUUAAUGAUCUAUAAACCCUGGACUGAUAGACAGAAAUGUGGCUAGAAUAACAUUGCCAAACAUUAGGCUUUAUGUUUUGUUAUAUUUGUGUUUUUGUUAUAUAAUUGUGAACAUGCACAGGUUUAUGCAUGAAAAUAUAUUAAUAUAUUAAUCACAUGUGUGUGCCUUUUGGUUACAUGCACUAAAUCUAACAGAGUUAAAUUAUUUCAGUGGCCCUUUUGGCCUCUUACAGGGAGGGGUGAGUCUUGUUUCUAGCUUAAACGAUUUCUUUUGCACAAAACUUCAUUUUUCAGAAAAGUGGUAUUGACUGAGUUACUGUUUUGAAAAUGUUAUACAGGUUUUCAAUAGGUCAACAACCAUGUGUAAAUGGUUUUUAUAAAUUUCUCAAUUUGGGGACAAGAUUUUUUUUUGGUCUAAAUUGUGGAUUUAAGAUUCUUUUCUUUGUAUGUAUAUAUAUAAUCUUUCUUUCUUUUCUUUCUCCCUUUUUUUCUUUCUUUUUUUUUUUUUUUUUUGCCACACUGGAGCACAAUGUUUCUAUGUAAAGAAUUCUUUUCAUUCUCUAUCCAUGAGCACCAGGCUUUGCUCACUUAAAAAAAUUAAGCCACAUUAAGGAGUGAGUCUUCUUUUUUUACUAAAAAUGAACUGUUUACAUUUUUUUAAAGCAUUGUAGUUUUAAAAAUUAAGCUGUUUUGUUUUGUGUUGUUGAAUUUGAAAGCCUUUGUAAAUAUUGAUAUAAUGUACCAAUGAAAUAACAUCGGGGGCAAUGGAACCCUGAUCAUGUUGUUGAUGGUUAGCAUAUGUUUCUGAAAAUUGAAUAUGUAUUAUUAAAAGUUGGUCGCCAAA